AUGUACACACAGACACAUGUACGUACAUACACACAAAUACACACAUACACGCAGACACAUGUACACACACACACAAAUGUACAUACAUGCAGACACAUGUACAGAUACACACAUGUACAUACACACAGACACACCCCCCCCCUAUAAAAAGUUGCAGUACUUCGUUGUUCACUCACAGAUCUGGGUACUGCACUCGAGGGGAGGGGGGCGUAGAGAGCACAGCACACACUCCUUGCUUUGCUUUCACUGCACUCAGCUAUUGAGCAGUCUGACGGCUCCCAGUGCCAAUGACAGAUCCGGCCUGAGUUCCGAGCCUGCUCAGCAAGACGGCCCUGGGGGACACACUCGCCCCCACCAUAAUUUCCACUCGCCAUUGGCGAGCAGGCAAGUGGAUAUUUCAAGCCCUGGUUUA